AUGUUACGACGAGUUGAACAUGCUGUCGUGCUCACUCUAGGCCUCUUUGGCACGGGCUCGGUCGUUGCCGCUGGUCCUUGCGAUAUCUACUCCUCGGGUGGCACGCCCUGCAUCGCUGCGCACAGCACAACUCGGGCCCUGUAUAGUGCGUACAGCGGUUCGCUCUACCAAGUGAAGCGCGGCUCUGACGGUGCCACAACCAACAUCGCACCGCUCUCUGCUGGGGGUGUCGCGAAUGCCGUCGCGCAGGACUCAUUCUGUGCCGGCACCACCUGCCUUAUCACCAUUAUAUAUGACCAGUCCGGCCGCGGGAAUCAUCUCACUCAAGCUCCGCCCGGCGGCUUCCAAGGCCCCGAAGCCAAUGGUUAUGACAACCUGGCCAGCGCAAUUGGCGCCCCGGUCACGCUAAACGGUCAGAAGGCGUACGGCGUCUUUGUCUCGCCCGGCACCGGCUAUCGCAACAACGCAGCCAGUGGAACGGCAAUCGGUGACGAGCCAGAGGGCAUGUACGCCGUCCUGGAUGGAACCCAUUACAACGGUGGCUGCUGCUUCGAUUAUGGUAAUGCCGAGACCAACAGUCUCGAUACAGGCAAUGGCCACAUGGAGGCCAUCUACUUCGGCGACAAUUCUGCCUGGGGGACUGGCGCUGGUAGUGGCCCUUGGCUCAUGGCGGAUCUCGAGAACGGUCUCUUCUCCGGCCUCAGCAGUGGCUACAACGCUGGCGACCCGUCUCUCUCCUACCGAUUCCUCACCACGGUCUUGAAGGGGAAGCCAAACCAGUGGGCUAUCCGGGGCGCCAAUGCUGCGUCCGGCUCGCUAUCGACGUACUACAGUGGUGUGCGGCCAAGCGCAUCUGGCUACAACCCUAUGAGCAAAGAGGGUGCCAUCAUUCUUGGUAUCGGUGGCGAUAACAGCGUCAGCGCCCAAGGCACGUUUUACGAGGGCGUGAUGACAUCCGGCUAUCCGUCCGAUGCCACCGAGAGCUCGGUCCAGGCCAACAUCGUCGCUGCUAAAUAUACGGUCGCGCCACUGACAAGCGGCACGGCGCUCACGGUGGGCUCCUCGAUCUCGCUGCGAGCCACCACAUCCUGCUGUACGACGCGUUACCUCGCACACACCGGCUCGACCAUUAACACGCAGGUCGUCACCUCCUCCAGCAGUACUACUCUCAAGCAACAGGCCAGCUGGACUGUCCGCUCCGGCCUGGCCAACAGCGCCUGCUUCUCAUUUGAGUCUAAAGAUACCCCCGGCAGCUUUAUCCGGCACUAUAACUUCGAGCUCCAGCUCAGUGCAAACGACGGCACAAAGCAGUUCCACGAAGAUGCGACGUUCUGCCCACAGACAAGCCUGAAUAGCCAAGGAAGCUCUAUUCGAUCAUGGAACUACCCGACCCGCUAUCUCCGGCAUUACAACAACGUGCUUUAUGCCGCAAGCAACGGCGGCGUCCACACUUUCGAUGCUACUGGCUCAUUCAACGAUGACGUGAGCUGGGUGAUUAGUACCGGCUUCGCUUGA